CGCCCCGCCUACCCAAACCCGCAAACCAAUCAAAACCACCAAGGAACUGUCAAUCAAACCAACGUUUGUCGCUGAGCUAGCGUUUGAGUUAAGAAAACAGGAAUUAAUUUAGAAUUUUCUGAAUUCGUGUAAUGGGUGGUGUAAAGCAAGAGCAAACUGAUGUCCCCGCAUCUAAAGACUCUGAACACAUAGACACCGCACAAGAGGAGAACCAGUCGACUUCACAGCCAGUAAAGAAGCGAGGCUGGCCGAAAGGGAAGAAGAGAAAGAAGGUGUUACCAAACGGCCCCAAGGCUCCGGUUACUGGCUACGUGCGUUUCUUGAAUGAGAGACGGGAACACAUCCGAGCACUUCAUCCGGAUCUUCCAUUCCCAGAAAUCACCAAGAGACUCGGUGCAGAAUGGAGCUGCCUGGCCCUUCAUGAUAAACAGCGGUACCUAGACGAAGCCGAAAGGGACAAAAUGCAGUAUGCACGAGAACUCAAGGAGUAUCAAAAAAGUGAAGCUUAUCAGAUCACAUGUGCAAAAGUUCAGGACAAGAGAAUAAAGAGAGAGGAGUUGACUUCUGUCAUUAUCAAUGCCAACAGUUCAGGAUCUACGGGUUUUAAGAACUCAGACUUAACGACCAGAUUUGACGUCCCUAUUUUCACAGAAGAAUGCACGAGAACACGAGAAGCUGAACUGCGGCGACUGCGCAAGGCUAAUGUGGAGUUCGAAGAGCAAAAUGCGGUUCUCCAGAAGCACAUUGCCGACAUGUUCAGCGCUAAAGAGCGACUGGAGGCUGAGCUGGGCCAGGAUGAGCUGCGCACGCAAGCUCUACAGCGCCACCUUCAGGCGAUCAAACAGACAUUGCUCAACAGCCUGGCCACUGUGCCUUUGCCAGGCACGGGCGAGACGCCCUCGAUUGGAACGCUGGAUUCGUACCUGAGUCGCUUGAGUAGUGCUUUAGAGAGCAGGCCUCAUGAGCAUCGCGCCUUAGUCCUCAAGCUACAAGAGCUCUUAGCUCACCUAGACAGGUAA